CGGGCCGGACCCUCCCCCUCCCCUCCCUCCUCCCCUCCCCGUCCCCGCUCCCGGCCCCGCCCCACGGAGGAGACGCGCUUUGUGCUGGGCGCCGGCCGCGCCAGCCACGGCCUGCGGCGCCCGCGGCACCAUGAUCUCCAAGGAGAAGAACAAGAUCCCGAAGGACAGCAUGACGCUCCUGCCCUGCUUCUACUUCGUGGAGCUGCCCAUAGUGGCUUCCUCCAUCGUAUCCCUGUACUUCUUGGAGCUGACCGACCUCUUCAAGCCGGCCAACGUGGGCUUCCAGUGCUAUGACCGCACUCUCUCCAUGCCCUACGUGGAGACCAACGAGGAGCUCAUCCCGCUGCUGAUGCUGCUCAGCUUGGCCUUCGCGGCCCCUGCUGCCUCGAUCAUGGUGGCCGAGGGCAUGUUGUACUGUCUGCAGUCCCGGCUGUGGGGCCGCGCUGGGGGGCCCGCCGGGGCCGAGGGCAGCAUCAACGCCGGUGGAUGCAACUUCAACUCCUUCCUGCGGCGAACCGUGCGGUUUGUGGGUGUCCACGUGUUUGGCCUGUGCGCCACAGCCCUGGUGACCGACGUGAUCCAGCUGGCCACGGGUUACCACACUCCCUUCUUCCUCACCGUCUGUAAGCCCAACUACACGCUCCUGGGCACGUCCUGCGAGGUCAACCCCUACAUCACGCAGGACAUCUGCUCCGGCCACGACACCCACGCCAUCCUGUCUGCACGGAAGACCUUCCCGUCGCAGCACGCCACACUGUCGGCCUUCGCCGCGGUCUACGUGUCGGUGAGUCCAGCCCCCGUCUGCCCUGCUCAGGGCCUCUUGCUGGCCCGCGGGGAGCCCUCCUUGACCCCCCAACCCCCAUGCCCCCAGAUGUACUUCAACUCCGUCAUCUCGGACACCACCAAGCUGCUGAAACCCAUCCUGGUCUUCGCCUUUGCCAUCGCCGCGGGCGUGUGCGGGCUGACGCAGAUCACGCAGUACCGCAGCCACCCGGUGGACGUGUAUGCCGGCUUCCUCAUCGGGGCAGGCAUCGCUGCCUACUUGGCCUGCCACGCGGUGGGCAACUUCCAGGCCCCACCUACAGAGAAGCCCGCGGCCCCGGCCCCCGCCAAGGACGCGCUGCGGGCCCUGACACAGCGGGGCCACGACUCGGUUUAUCAGCAGAACAAGUCGGUGAGCACCGACGAGCUGGGGCCCCCGGGGCGGCUGGAGGGCGCGCCCCGGCCCGUGGCCCGCGAGAAGACCUCACUGGGCAGCCUGAAGCGCGCCAGCGUGGACGUGGACCUGCUGGCCCCGCGCAGCCCCAUGGCCAAGGAGAACAUGGUGACCUUCAGCCACACGCUGCCCAGGGCCAGCGCGCCGUCGCUGGACGACCCCGCGCGCCGCCACAUGACCAUCCACGUGCCACUGGACGCCUCGCGCUCCAAGCAGCUCAUCAGCGAGUGGAAGCAGAAGAGCCUGGAGGGCCGCGGCCUGGGGCUGCCCGACGACGCCAGCCCCGGGCACCUGCGCGCGCCAGCCGAGCCCAUGGCGGAGGAGGAGGAAGAGGAGGAGGAGGAAGAAGAGGAGGAGGAGGAGGAGGAGGAAGAGGACGAGGAGGAGGGCCCGGCCCCGCCCUCGCUCUACCCCACCGUGCAGGCGCGGCCGGGGCUGGGGCCUCGGGUCAUCCUCCCGCCGCGCGCGGGGCCGCCGCCGCUGGUGCACAUCCCCGAGGAGGGCGCGCAGGCGGGGGCCGGCCUGUCCCCCAAAAGCGGCGCCGGGGUGCGCGCCAAGUGGCUCAUGAUGGCCGAGAAGAGCGGGGCGGCCGUGGCCAACCCUCCGCGGCUGCUGCAGGUCAUCGCCAUGUCCAAGGCCCCGGGCGCGCCGGUCCCCAAAGCGGCCGAGACGGCGUCGUCGUCCAGCGCCAGCUCCGACUCCUCGCAGUACCGGUCGCCGUCGGACCGCGACUCCGCCAGCAUCGUGACCAUCGACGCGCACGCGCCGCACCACCCGGUGGUGCACCUGUCGGCCGGCGGCGCGCCCUGGGAGUGGAAGGCGGCGGGCGGCGGGGCCAAGGCGGAGGCCGACGGCGGCUACGAGCUGGGGGACCUGGCGCGCGGCUUCCGCGGCGGGGCCAAGCCCCCGGGCGUGUCCCCCGGCUCGUCGGUCAGCGACGUGGACCAGGAGGAGCCGCGGUUCGGGGCCGUGGCCACCGUCAACCUGGCCACGGGCGAGGGGCUGCCCCCGCUGGGCGCGGCCGACGGCGCGCUGGGCCCGGGCAGCCGGGAGUCCACGCUGCGGCGCCACGCGGGCGGCCUGGGGCUGGCGGAGCGCGAGGCGGAGGCCGAGGCCGAGAGCUACUUCCGCAAGAUGCAGGCGCGCCGCUUCCCCGACUAGCGCGGCGGGGCCGGGGCGGGCGGGGGCGGGGGGGUGCUCAAUAAAGCGGCGGAAACCCGGCUCAGGCUCUUGGUCAUUCGCUCCGGCCCGCACGCCCCACGCGGGGACCCUCCCUCAGCGCCGGGCCCACCCCACCCGCGGCCCCACCUGGCGCUCCCGCGGAAGCCCGGGUUCGAGCCGGGACCGCCCAAAGCACAGCAAGAGGAAAAGCACUGAAGGCGGACGGAGCGAGGAUACAGAAGAUUUAUUCGAAGUCCAGGUACAGACUGGCCAACCUGCCUCUACAGCGUCCACAGCGAACACAGGCCUAGACAAGGGAGGAGUUUAUCAAACGGUUUUAAUCGGUUCUCCGCGUCACAAGCCAUCGGGUAAGGCAACGGAAUGUGCGUGGGGUCCCUGUGGCUCCGCGGUCAAUACUGAGCCUGGAAUUGCUGUUAGCAAAAUAUACAUCUGUGUCACCAUAAAAAACCGCGCCGCCGCCCUCGGGUCUCACAACAGGUAUAAAAAAUUAUAAAUAUUUACACCCUUGUUACACUCUUCAUGGAAAGGGGAUCCUAGGAGAGCCCCCGGGACAGGACGCGGGGGCGGGAGACAGCACAGUGAGGACAGGAGCGGCCGCCUGCCGGGUCCCAGCAUCAGAGGCAAGCACAACACAGAAAUGAGACUUUGGUCCAAAAUUUGAAGGAAAAAACCCUGAAGAAGUUUGAAAGCAAGUUUCCUAGGCGACUGCAGGUGAAGGUGUGGUGUAAGGCAACCGGAGGCGAUGCCAGAGGCGGCGACGCGCCCGCCCCUCCCUGAAGCUCAGGGGUCUAAGACCGGACCGGGGCUCCCUGUGCCUGACCCGCUGGGCGGCCCCGCCUGCUCUCUGGAAACUGGGUCCUGCCUGUGACUUAAUUACAAGGAAUAAAAUAAAAGUAACAGCAUACAAGGUAAUACCACAAGGAAGUUUAGAUUACACUCAUACCAUUGUAUCAUCUUGCUAUAAAAAGUUACUUAAAACUAUUUCUUUUGCAUAUAAAUGAAAAAAAGAUUAGAAUAUUUGGUCAACUGGAAAUAUUGCUAGGCACAGACGUCUGCAACUGCAAAGUAUAUAAUACAGAGAUUAUGACGACCAGCUCCGCAGCUGGAGCAGUGGGGAGCCCGCCCGAGGGCAGCAGGGAAGGCCCUGGGGGCAGGGCGGGGGAAUCACAUGACUUGAUUAGAGGGCUGGGGUUGGGGAGUCGCAGCCUCGGCCGGGGAGCCCCAGGCACAUGAUCCUGCAGGAGCCGGCCAGGCCCCCUGCCUUUCUCUGGUGUGACCCCCGCCCCCUGGGUCCCCAGGACACCCCGGGGGGGUGUGGCUGCAGGAAGGCAGGGUUUUUAAGGCACAAGGAAGCCGAGUUGUGGUCGGGGCACCCACCUGCAGGCCCCACCAAGGCACGGCCCCGAGGGUCUGGCCCCGGGUGUGGAGGGCUGGGAACUCCCGCCGCCACAGUCACCAAGAGCCUGAGCUGUCCCCGUCACCGCAGGGUUAGCAAGGUGAACUAGAUUUAAUUUUUUUAAAAACAGGUAAACUGAUUUCUCUUUAAAAAAAUAAAAUCUCUGGUCUGUUAAGGUCACUUCA